CGUCGAAGGGAUCUUGGAUCUUGGUGCGGGCGGCGGCGGCGGCGGCGGCGGCGAGCUCCAUUCCGUCCUGGGCCUGGAGAUGCGGGCCGAUGUGACCCGCAGACGUUUGGCCCGCUCCUCGGUUGCCCAGGCCCCGCAGAACGCCACGUCCGACGCGCCCGCCGUGCUGGAAUCGGAAACCCUCCUGGACGAUGGCGCAUUGAUUGCGCCGGAGCAGAAACCGGAUUCACCAAAUCCCAAACCACCCCCGCCGUGAUCGGAACGAUUUGCUCUGCCGCGCUACUACGUUUCAGUCACCUGCCUUUUUGGGCUAAUCACGGCCCGAAGCACGUUUUUAAACUUUCAAUCCGCGGUCAGCAGCCAGCAGCAUCAUUUUGUUUGGAGCUAAGCUGGACUAAUGCCAGGUUACAGAGCUUAAUAGGCCUAGUGCCGCCUAGCUACUAGAUUGGCAAUCAUGGCAGGCAGCCGCCGCGUCCGGGAGAGUCCGCGUCCGCCCCCGGCGUUGCGACCUACAGUAGUACGUAUAUAUAUACCAGCCGCCUCGCCGGAGAGCGGCAAGGAGCUAGCCAAACCAAGGGUGUCUGAUCUGAUCGGAGGAGCAGAGCAGAUCACCGCAGCCGACGAUGGCGCGCCGCAAGGUCGCCAUGAGGCUCGUCGAGAACGCCCCGGCGCGAGCCAGGACGCACGCCAAGAGGGCCAAGGGGCUCCAGAAGAAGGCGCUGGAGCUCGCCACGCUCUGCGGGGUCCCGGUCGGGUUUGUCUGCAGCGGUGCCGGCGCCGGGGCUCCGCCGCUCGAGUGGGAGUCAGAGGAGGGCGUGCUCGAGAGGUACCGCCGCGCCGUCCCGCCGGAGGCCCGCGCGGGGCACGCGCACCGGGCCUACCUCGAGACGGAGCUGGCCAAGCGGAGGGCCAAGCUCGCCAGGGCGCGGCACGGCUGCCCCGCCGCGCUCGCGGACUGGGACGAGGCGCUCAACGACAUGACGCUGGACGAGGCGCGGGAGCUGCUCGAGGCCAUCGACGCGGCGCUCCGGGCCACGGGGGAUAGGAUGGAGGCGCUGGGCUUGCCUGCCGACAGCGGCCACGGCGCGCUCGAUGUGCAGGUCGCGCCGGAGUCUUCCGAUGAGACCGUCAUCCCGGAGCAGCUCGGGCACGGUGGCGGCGUGCCAUGGGCCGAAGGCUACCCUGUCGACAUGGCCGACGCCGCGGGCUUCCAGCAGCUUCAGAUGGUGCCGUUCGACGGCGGGGUCAGCGACGGCCUACUCGAGCGAUUCCCACGGGAACAUGGCUUCCAGAUGCAGCCAGGGGGCAGCGGCUUCCAAUGCGUCGGCGGCAACUACUCGGGCAGCGGCGAUGGCAUGAUCGCGCCGGGCCUCGCCAAUGCUGACUACAACUACUCGGGCUGCGGCGACCGGAUGCUCGCUCCGGACUUCGCCAAUGGUGGCUACAAGUACAACUACUCGGGCGGCGGCGACGGGAUGCUCACGCUGGACUCCGCCAAUGCUGUCUGCAACUACACGGGCGGCGGCAACGGGAUGCUCGUGCCAGGCUUCGCCAAUGCUGUCUGCAACUACUCGGCCGGCUGCGACCAGAUGCUCGCGCCGGGCUCCGGCAACGCUGGUUACCACUGGCCUGAUCUUACCAUGUGGAACACCGACCAGGUGUGGGACGCAGCCAUGCCACCUGGGUACUACCCUGGCUUCGCCGACAGCACUCUGGCGCCUGAGCACUGCUCCACCGAGGUCGGCACCGGCGCCGACUACGUGAACACGCUACCAUCUGGGUACGGCUAUCCCAUGGGCAUGGGCGACAACUUCACCAAUCUGGAGAACAACUACACGGCGGCGCAUUGGCAGGCCGAGGCGUUCCAGCGCUCCGACGCCAGCGACAGCACCAGCACCAGCACCAGCACCGGCGAGCUGCUGUCAGCUGCAUCAUCGCCUCAUUAUCUCUACUAAGAUGGCACGGGAGACUGUUAAUUUGGUCCAGGAGGAAGAAAGCUUUCUGUUACUAGUAGGGGGGUAAAAUGCAGUCGAUGUUUCGUACCUAGCUAGGAUAUUUGUAUUAUUAGGUCCAUGAUUUCUCAAGCAUUUGAAGUCAGGGUUUUGCAGAUUUUUACAGCUUUUCUGUCUCAGGUCCAUGAUUUUGUACGGAAUUCAAAACCUCAUAUACCAUCAGUUACUAUACGGAAUUCA